AUGACAGACACAUUCUCUCGCGAAGAGGUUCGCUCCCACACCUCGGACGAAUCCCUCUGGUGCAUCAUCGACAGCACAGUCUACGACCUCACAGACUUCGUCGACGCCCAUCCCGGUGGUGAGACUGUCCUGCGCCAAGUCGCCGGUCAAGAUGCUACAACCGCCUUCUACAACCUCCACCGACACGAGGUCCUCACAAAGUACAAGGACCUCGCCGUUGGCACCGUCGAGGGCGAGAAGGCCCAAGUCAUCACCCCACAGCCCGGCGACCUCAGCCAGGUCCCCUACGCCGAGCCCCUAUGGCUCGCUGAGCCUUUCCGCUCGCCCUACUAUAAGGAUAGCCACAGGGAACUGAGGCGCAAACUCAGGGAGUUUGUCGACAGUGAGCUGUACGAAGAGGCCCAGGAGUGCGAGGCGACAGGUCGCUACAUCAGCCAGAAGAUGAUUGAUCGCAUGAGCGAGUUGGGUAUCCUGCACAUGCGCCUUGGACCCGGAAAGCAUCUCCACGGAGUCAACCUCAUGGGAGGCGCGGUCAAGGGCGAGGAGUUCGAUUACUUCCACGACUUGAUCGUGUCGCAGGAGCUCGCACGCGCCAUGGCCCGUGGUUUCGCUGAUGGAAACAUGGCCGGUAUGACUAUCAGCUUGACAGCUGUUCUCAACUUUGCCCGCGACGAGGCCUGGAAGAAUAAGAUUGCCGGCGAGGUCUUCAGCGGCAAGAAGAAGAUCUGUCUCGCCAUUACCGAGGCCUUCGCUGGUUCGGAUGUCGCUGGACUGCGCACGACUGCCGAGAGGACACCUGACGGCAAGCACUACAUCAUCAACGGAACCAAGAAGUGGAUCACGAACGGUGUCUGGUGUGAUUACUUUGUUACCGGUGCUCGCACAGACAAGGGCCUGAGUGUCUUCCUUAUCGAGCGUGGUGAGGGUGUCGAGACCAAGCAGAUCAAGACCUCUUAUUCUACCACCGCUGGCACAGCCUACGUGACCUUCGACAAUGUCAAGGUCCCUGCCGAGAACAUGCUUGGCAAGGAGAACAAGGGUAUCCAGGUUAUCCUCAGCAACUUUAACCACGAGCGCUGGACCAUGGUUUGUGGAAGUCUUCGUCUGUCACGAAGCAUUGUCGAGGAGUGUCUCAAGUGGGCCAACCAGCGUCAAGUAUUUGGCAAGUCGCUGAUUGACCAGCCCGUCAUCCGUCAAAAACUCGCCAAGAUGAUUGCCCUCGUCGAAGCCAACCAGUCCUGGCUCGAGACCAUCACAUACCAAAUGUGCCACAUGCCUUACAGCCAGCAAGCGCAGCACCUCGCCGGCCCUAUCGGUCUCCUCAAGAUGAGCGCAACCCGCGCCGCCCACGAGGUCGCUGACGAGUCCGUGCAAAUCUGGGGUGGUCGCGGAAUUACCCAGACCGGUAUGGGCAAGUUCAUCGAGAUGUUCCACCGAACAUACAAGUUCGAUGCCAUUCUCGGUGGAGCCGAGGAGGUCUUGGGAGAUCUCGGUGUGAGACAGGCUAUGAGGAACUUCCCCAACGCCAAAUUGUAA